AUGAAGUUCGACUUUCGAAUUUCGGCCAAUACACUGUCCCUUGUAGUGAAGGAUGUUUGCCAAGCCAUCGUCGACGAAUACAAAGAUGAGGUUAUUAAGUGUCCUACAACGCCUGAAGAAUGGCUAACAGUGGCGACCAACUUUGAGCGCCGCUGGAACGUCCCUCACGCGUGUGGUGCUCUAGAUGGAAAGCAUGUUGUAAUUAGAAAGCCCCCUAGUAGUGGCAGCCUUUUCCACAACUACAAGAGAUUUUUCUCCAUUUUGUUGAUGGGAUUAGUUGAUGCCGAUUAUAAAUUUAUUUGGAUAGAUGUGGGGGGAGAUGGAUACAUGUCGGACGCCAUGAUCUACAACAACUCGGAUUUAAAGGAGUGCCUUUCUAAUGGAUCUAUAGGUUUACCACCACCAUCACCUCUUCCAAAUGAAGACCUAGACACGCCAUACUUACUUCUUGGCGAUGAUGCGUUCUGUCUCCGAACUUACAUGAUGAAACCUUUUUCGGCUCAAAACUUUACAAAGGAGCAGCGCAUCUACAAGUAUCGCAUUUUCCGUGGCAGAAGAAUACUUGAAAAUGCGUUCGGUAUUCUUGCCCAGCGCUGGCAAGUUCUUUUAAGGACGAUUCAGCAAAUACCCGAAACAGCACGUCUUAUUGUUGAGGCUUGUGUCUGCCUUCAUAACCUAAUGAGGAUGCAAUUUCCAACAUGGCAAAAUGCAGUUGUUGACCACGAGGACGUCAACCAUGACAUAGUUCUAGGAGCAUGGCGGAUCAACGCUAACAUGGUGGACGUGGAUCAUGCACUUGGCCCAAACAGGGACAGCACUGCAGCAAAGAAGCAACGUGAGUAUUUAAAGUUGUAUUUCAAUUCAGAAGCAGGAUCAGUGCCCUGGCAGGACAAUAUGAUAUAG